GGCUUUGUCUACAAAAUGGCUGAUGAUGGGGAAAUUGACAUCGAAGGGGAAUUUGAUUUUAAGUUGGAAGUGGAAGAUGGGUUUUACGAUGCUAAUGAGCUGCCGUCAGCCAGUGCCAAUCUGCUACCAGAGUACACCAAUCCUCCGUGGAUGCUUGAGCAGGGAUGGACACUUGAUAUGGAUGAGAAGUCAAAGGCAACAAUUGAGAGAAUGCUGUUGGAAGAACAACAGUACCUGAACACACGAACCAGCAAGUCUAAGCUUUCGCCACUGGUCUCCCCCUGCGCUAGUCCUGUGAAAGCCAAGUCAGCCAGCAAGAAACCACGGCCCUGGACUGAGGAUGAAAAGAAACUCUUCCUCAAGGGAUUGGACAUGCAUGGGAGAAGCUGGACUCGUAUCUCUGAACUGAUUCCAUCAAGGACAAACCUGCAAGUGAAGAACUAUGCUCAGCAGUAUUUUAAGAACUUGGCAAAGAAAGCUGAAUGUAACGAGUCGUCUUCGUAUGGACCUCAGACAGUUCAUCCUCGAUUCUUAUCACUGGCAGAAGCGUUGGCAUCAGUUACCACAGCUCGACCAACAGUUGCCCCCAGCAACAAGACACAGACAAAGUGUACACCGGUGAAACAGUAUAAACGGAAGAAAAAAGCCAAAAUUGUGCCUGAUAAUAACAUGUUAAUAGGCAGUGCUUUAAGUAAAGAUGUAGAAGACAGAAGUUGGCCAAAAAGUGAUAUGGACUUCAUGCCUAAACUGACUGGAAUUGACACAAUCUUGGCAAGUAGCGAAAUCUUGGAUGGCAGUUCCAGUUUCGAGGAUCUAAAUGCCAUUCCAUUCAAUGGGGUGGUGGGAAACUAUGAGGUCAUUGAAACUGAACAGCUAGACCGAGUACACAGCAGUAUUUUCAACAUUAACAACAAGUUGGAUGAUGAAAAGUUAAUGUCGUCUGGUGAUUCGGGUAUUUCCGACGCUCCUCGUGAACUGCAGGAAUGUGACAGUGAUGUGGAUGUGGACAUCGACAUUGAAAAUGACGAUGGCACGGAUAAUCUUAUUUUACAGAGCAGGUCCGCCUCUCCAAGCUCGGUGUAUGAAACUCUGCUGAAGGCCGCCAAUGUUCCAAUAGUGUCGGUGGUGGUGAAACAAGAGACAGAAAGCAAUCACAGUGACAUUUGUUCUGAAUCUAGCAUACAGUCUCCCAUGUGCGAAGUUGAAGUUGAUACCAAAGAUGAUGUAAAGCGUGAAGACAAUCAUGAUUCCGAUGUGGACAACAAUACGAGUCUAUUAAAAUCAGAACCAAGAUCAGGACUGGAUGCUUGUGAAGCCCAUUCUCCCGACUCGGAUUCCACUGGUGUGCCAAAUAAUGAAGAAAAUGUUGUUGUGAAUGGGAUCACCCUAAGUUCAGGUGAAGUGAUAGAGUUUCCUAUUCCAAUGAUAGAAAAAUAUCUCAUUUAUAACGAGAUUACAGAGGAAGAGCAGAAGGUUCAUUCCCAGUUCUUUGACGGUCGCCCAUCGAAAACACCCGACAGAUACCUCAAGAUUAGAAACCACAUACUUGAAUGCUGGAAUAAAUGCAAGCCUAAUUUUCUGAACAAGACGUCCGUAAGAAGUGGUUUGAAGAAUUGCGGUGAUGUAAACUGUAUUGGAAGAAUACAUGCCUAUCUGGAAUGUAUUGGAGCUAUUAACAUUGGAUGUGAGCAAGCUGCCUACAACAACACUGGGAAGGGAACCAGCUGUACUGGGAAAACAAAGACAUACAUUAAAGAUGAUUUCUCAACCGUUUUCACUGAGAAAUUCGAAACCAUACGACCACGAAAAAGAAGAAUUAGAGAUCAGUUUGGUGAAUGGGUUGAUGAAAAAGAACUGGAAGGCAAAACUAUUGAGCACAAGACAAAUGUAAAUGGAGAGACAAGGACGAAAUUAAGCCGAAACAUAAAACUCGCAUAUGAUCCAUUCAAACUGUUGCCAUGUCUGCCUUUCACUGAAGAUUCGCCAGCCCCAUUCAGUGUUGCCAUGUUUAACACAGCCCUGGCGGUGAUGGACACCCAUGCUCAUAUUUCCAAGACGGAGGUGAUUGGUCUUUUGGGUGGAGAUUACCAUGACGACACCCAUCAGCUGACGAUUGCUAUGGCAGUUCCCUGCAACAGUCUCAGUACAGGCAUGCAGUGUGAAAUGGACCCAGUUUCCCAGACCCAGGCGAGUGAGAAGAUAACGCAGGCUGGUCUGAUGACUGUGGGUUGGUAUCACUCUCACCCGACCUUCGCACCCAAUCCCUCGGUGAGGGAUGUCGAAACACAGCUCAAGUUUCAGGAUUGGUUUGCAAAAGGAGGCAGCCAUUUUGUUGGAAUAAUCAUCAGUCCUUACAGCCGCAGCAAUCGUGAUUUCAUGUCGGAGAUUCAGUGUCUUACCAUGAGUAGAAACAUCAGCGCCGAGACCAGUCACCAUAUUCCAUACAAGUUUGACUACAGUGUGAUCUACAAGAAUAACGAUGAAAAUGAAUUCUUGAUGCCCGCCAAAGAACUUGCAGAAAAAUACUCUGCCUCCCAGAACCGAGUCUCUCUUUGUGAGCAGUUCGGCUCAUCUUUUGGCAUCACAUGUCUUGAUAAGAUGCUACAUUCUAUACGACAACGUUUAUUUCCACAAGAUGAACCUGCUGAUGAGGAUUACUCUUACCAAGACUACGUUUUACAGCUCGUGAAGGAAAUCUUUAUGAACACAUUCUCUAACUGCUACCAGUACGAAGACGAGCUUGUGGAAAUGGAAAUCGUCAACGACUGCGACAUCGUUGUAGAAACAGACGUGUUAAUAGACAACUGUGUUGGUCUAAAUGAAGUCUCCAUUCCUGACGUUUGACACGCACUCAAACUGCUAAAACAGAUUUUUACAAUAUGGUGCUACAAUUGGAUGGUCAUAAAUUUCCCCUUGCCUUCAGUGUUAAAAGAAUCACAUUGAUGGCAGCAAUAAUUUCGUGUUUUUGAAAGUUACAUUUUUGUGAAUUUGCCAAAUUCAGAGAUUUACUAACAAGACAAAUGUAUUAACGGUGACAUUCAUGGCUUUAAUUGUUUUUACAUUUUGAAGAUCACAACAAAAUGUAAUAAAGUGUUUUUUGCAGUAUAAAAAUCCAACAUGAGAUGGGUCACUGAUGUUUUUUAAGAAAUUAAGGCAUGUUGUAAAACAAUAAAGCCUUUGACACUG